GUAUGCAGCAUUAGUGUUACAUCUAAAUCACUGCCGUGUGCACUACCUGGAGAGUUUACCUGGAGAGACAGUGCAAUCUUUUAAUGAAACUGAUUACCUAGAAGCAGUUUUAGUAAACAUUAGUAGGUGAAGAAGUAGCGCCUUGCCCAGUCCAUCCUACAGCUUAACAUUGUGGAAAUUGUAUAACAGUGUGUAGUUACCCACUCUUUAAUUCACAAAUAUUUAUAGAAACACUGACAUAGUUGAGUGAGGAACUGGCUGCUGGAUAACUAUGGAAGAGAGGAAUGCAAAGUACGAUACACCUCCAGGUGUUCGUUACAGCAUAAUACAGUAUGGUCGGAAUGAAGACACCGUCACAGAAUCGAGGCACGAAAUGUGUAACAUACUACAAGUGAAGUAUGAAACAUUUUGUGGCAUUAUCAACAGAGACAGAAAAAACAACCCUAAUUUGCAGCCAAGCAAGGAGAAGGUGAAUGCAAACAAGCAGGGGAUGAAGCAGAGGAGACAAAAAGAACAGCAGCAACAUUACCAAGGGGCAGUUGCUGACGCAAACCAAGCAAGGGAACCAAAAAUAUAUGUUGUGUCUGAUGAUGAAACAGAAGGUAUCAACGAAGCGGACACCUUGUAUAAGAGAGGCAACUACCGGAAAGCUCUAGAUCGAUAUAACGAGUUGGUGAACAGCACUAAGUGCAAGGACAAAGAAUUACCCCACGUAUUCCUGAUGAUGGCCAAUGCUUACUUCAUUUCUGAUUUCGAAAAUGCAAAAACUUACUAUGACAGAGCCAUUGAAGAGGCUACGGAAACGGGAAACGAAUUAGUGAAGAGACUUGCUGAACAGAACAGAAACAAGGUUCAAAAUGCUGUACAGAACCUUGGAAAUAUAGCCCUUGCUGACGACAAGACCGAACUUGACAAGGUGAUGGCAUCACUGAACGACAGAGACAAAUAAUGGUCAAUUUACACUGCUGGCUGACCCACGAUUCUGUUGCUGUCACAAAUCCACUGAUACCCGGCCAGCAUACUAUCAAUUUUAAAUUCUAUUAAAUUCUUUAAAUAUUUAUUUCUUAAUACUUGGGCCGUCUCCCACCAAGACAGCGUGACCCGACAAAGAAGAAAACACUCUCAUUGUCACUUGUUCAAUGAUUGUCUUGCUAGGAGCAUGAUGACAUUACAGUUCAGAUAACCUUCCCAACAGUAACAUUUCCACUCCACCUUCACAACAUAAACACUGCAUUUUACACCUCCAGGACUCGAGCCUAACUAACCACUUUCAUGAAUUUCUUAAAAAAUAAUGUUAUAUUACUCACACUCCAACAACACUUCAAAUCACAAACUAUUUCUGUCUACUCACUUCUAAGAGGCCAACACAUACCUCUUACCUGGAGAGUUUACCUGGAGAGAGUUCCGGGGGUCAACGCCCCCGCGGCCCGGUCUGUGACCAGGCCUCCUGGUGGAUCAGAGCCUGAUCAACCAGGCUGUUACUGCUGGCUGCACACAAAUUUCACAGCAAUGAAAACCUCCUUUACCCCCUGCCUUCAGUCUUUCCUAGGAUGAUCCCUACCCCUCCAUCCCUGCCUUCAGUCUUCCCUAGGAUGAUCCCUACCCCUCCAUCCCUCCUUCCCUCCACCACAGAAUUAUACUCCCUCAUAUUGCUCCAUCCUCUCUAUAUACUGCUUCAACAACCCCUAAUUAUCCAUCUUAAUAAUUAUUUUGAUAACUCUACACUUAUUUCUAAUUACACUACUCAGAAUUAGCUGUAUAAUAUAAUAAAACCAAAUAAGUUAGAAUAUACAAUAUUUUCCAGCAUAUAAGACGCACGAGCCAAUAAGAUAUAUAAGAAUAUUUUACCAAGCAGUUGCAACAUAAUGUUAGUAAACAACUGCUGAAGUUUAACCCAGAGCCCUAAACUUGACCAUCACCUACACCUUAUAAGACGCAGGGGAAUAUUCCGAGACUUUUUGGGUGGAAAAAAGUACACCUUAUAUGCCGGUAAAUAUCUUAAAUGGCUUGUUUUUAAAUGAUAAAUCAAGUGGGAAAAAAUAUUUACUGAUAGAAGAGUAUUAUUAUUAUUAUAAUCAAGGGGGAAGCGCUAAACCCGGAGGAUUAUACAGCGCCUGGGGGGGGGGAUGUGGAAGGCAUUUGAUAGAAGAGUAAUAGACCUAGUUAGGCCAGUAUUUAGAAAGAUGAACUAAAAUAAAAAGUAUUUUAAAACAGCUUUGUUUCUGUGUAAAAUAGAGUAAAAAAAAAAUUUAGAAAUUUAAAAAAAAAAAAGGUAUGUGGACGUUUUGAAAAGAGAUGAAGCAGUAGAGGAAACAAAUACAAAAAUGUAAUGUAGUUGAUGGUAAGAAAAAUUGUGAGGAUGUUAUAAUAAAGGUCAGGAUGUUAUAAUAAAGGUCAGGAUGUUAUAAUAAAGGUCAGGAUGUUUUAAUAAAGGUCAGGAUGUUUUAAUAAAGGUCAGGAUGUUUUAAUAAAGGUCAGGAUGUUUUAAUAAAGGUCAGGAUGUUUUAAUAAAUGUCAGGAUAUUUUAAAAAAGGUCAGUUGUUUUAAUAAAGGUCAAGAUGUUUUAAUAAAGGUCAGGAUGUUUUAAAAAAGGUCAGUUGUUUUAAUAAAGGUCAAGAUGUUUUAAUAAAGGUCAGGAUGUUUUAAAAAAGGUCAAGAUGUUUUAAUAAAGGUCAGGAUGUUUUAAUAAAGGUCAGGAUGUUUUAAUAAAGGUCAGGAUGUUUUAAUAAAGGUCAGGAUGUUUUAAUAAAGGUCAGGAUGUUUUAAUAAAGAAUAAACUAUGCUAUCAUGAGAAAAAUUAAAGAAUUAAUUUGACAGAUUUACUGAUGUUGAUCAUGAUAGAUUUACUGAUGAAGUUGAUCAUGAUAGAUUUACUGAUGAAGGUGAUCAUGAUAGAUUUACUGAUGAAGUUGAUAAUAAACAAGGUAACUACUGAGUCGUCUUAUAUCAUCAUGUUUAUUGAAACUGUCUGAAAUUCAUUUUCAGGAGAUAUUCUUAGUGACAGAGAAAUUCCUUUUGAUCUUCUAUAUUAUUUUGUAUUUUAUAAGUACCAGGAGGAAAUAACUGUAUCAGUGGUAUAUAAUACUGACGUAAAGCAUUAGAUGGUUUGCCAUCCAGUGACUUUAUCAGUACAAUACAUGGACAUGAUCUGAAGAUUGUAGAAAUAUAUACAGAAGACUGGAUGACGAGGUAAUCAGUCCCUCAGCCUAGGAGCAGGUGGUGCUCCUUGGCCUAGGUUAGGUUAGGUUGGUUAGGCUAGGUUAGGUUAGGUUAGGUUGGUUAGGCUAGGUUAGAUUAAGUUAGGUUAGGUUAGGUUAGGUUAGAUUAGGUUGGGUAAGGUUUGUUAAGUAAAAGGACACAAAUACAACUAAUGUGACAUUUUAUUGAGGCAACGUUUCACUCUCCAGGAACUUUAUUAAGAUGUUACAAACAAUACAUGGACACAGUGAUCAAAGAACUUAAUUUCCGCAUACGCAAGUACCUUGAAUCAACAUUAAUCACUGUUUCUAACACAAUUAAACAAAACAAAGGCAGCUUCACCAUCUCUGAAGUCUUAGCAAGAAUCCUCCUGCAAACGGUAAACCCUGCCAUCACAUAGUCUCUCCUGUUAAUAUUACACAAGCACAUUACAGAGGAGGAACACUGUAACAGACCUUCUCAAAUCCAACCGUCAAUAUUUGUCUAACUUAUUUUCAUGCUACCCAAGUACAGUGGACCCCCGCAUAACGAUUACCUCCGAAUGCGACCAAUUAUGUAAGUGCAUUUGUACGUGUAUGUUUGGGGGUCUGAAAUGGACUAAUCUACUUCACAAUAUUUCUUAUGGGAACAAAUUCGGUCAGUACUGGCACCUGAACAUACUUCUGGAGUGAAAAAAUAUCGUUAACCGGGGGUCCACUGUAAUAGCUUUUAUAACCUUCUACCAAUGUGCAAGUUGAUUGUUCUACCAUAUUGUAUUACUACUACUACUACAACUAAUAUUAUUACUACUACUACUACUAGUAUUACACCUCACUCUGAGCCUAUAUAUAACCUCUGUGUCCAUAUAUUGUUUGUAACGGCUUGAUAAAGCUCCUGGAGAGCGAAACGUUGCCACAAUAAAAUGUCACAUUAGUUGCACUUGUGUCCUUUUACUUAACAUAUUGUCGGUAAUUCUACCAAUAUUAAUAGGUAAGGUUUUUCAGGAAACAGAACAACUGGUUCACGUCGAGAGUCUUAGUCAUAUGAUGACCCGCCACUAGAGCUUUUGGUCAUCUGACAGAGACCUUCCACUGCUGGGUGGAAUGGAACAAAAAAGUGUUCAUUAUAAUAUGAACAAGGGUGUAAAUCAUGGUGGCUUCCUCUAUUAUUUUGUUAGCUUUAUAUUGGAAAAGUAAAUAAAGAAAUAGUCCCGCUGUGGUUGAGGUGAAGAUUCCACUUUCUUGAAACAAAUAUUAUCACGUACGAGGAUGAUAUCCCUUUGAGGGUCCGUCUCGUAGUUCUACGACUUUGAAGCCAGGGUCACUCAGGCAAGCUUCAUUGUCACAGAUUGUAUUAAUUUGUCGAAAAUAAUUUGGAUGUAAUUAAGUCUUGAUAAUCUGAUUAGGUGUUUAUGAGCAGCCGAGGAAUGCAUUGUGGGAGAUUGUAGACAUGGACCUAAAUUCAUCAUAGGCUGGUAAACAUUAUGGGUUUAGUAUUUCAAGUUGCAUGACUGUAAUAGUGCAGUUGAUGGAUAAGACAUUUGUGCAAUGUUCAGGUAUCUUUAUUCUGGAAAUGUUUCACAAGUCAGUGGUUUCUUCAAUCCAGCCAGUGCAGAGAAAGGUGGAAGAUGAUGAAGGGGUUGAGGUAAUCAGUCCCUCAGCCUGGAGUUAAUGAAUUCAUUCAAUCAAUCUUGAUAACACUUUUAUCAAGAUAGACGGACUGAAUACAUCGACUGAAGUCUGGGGGACUGAUUACCUCGAAAUCUUUCUCAUCUUCUACCAUUCACCUCUAUACUGUACUGAGAAAGCCAAUUGUCAGCAAAAACGUUUUCACAAUAAAGAUACCCAAGUGCUGAAUAUAUUCCUCAAUAGUCAGAAAUUAAAAUGACUGAAAUAUUACUAACUGAUCAUAGAAAGAUGUUAUGGGGGGCACUGACCCCAAUGAAAAAUUGCAAGAUGUUAGAUAACAUUGGUCAGGAAACAGGACAAGUGUCUCCUGAUGCAGUUCUUAGUCUUAAGAUGACCCACCACUGGAGCUUUUGAUAUUUAAAAAAUUAUGGGAUGUAUCCUUAGAUUUUUAAAAAUUAAGUCGGAAGUGUCUAAGACUGUUGACAGAGCGAAGCAAAUUAUAGUUGAUAAUGGGAGCUUGACAGGAAAUUCAGUAACUCUGUCUUGGGACUUUAAAUGUUUCACACAUGUUAGUAGAUGACACAUCAUCAUAUAUCUUUUUUUACUACAAGUACAUGUACAUGGUAUACAGGCCUAGCUGACAUUAAUAGGUGAACAUGAUUACUGACAGUCUUUCAUUUAGAUAUUUGAAGCUUUUUGAAAGGUCAUCCCUAUUGGCAGGGUUGUCUAAUUUGGGAAGUAUGCUGUCCUUCAGUGUCUACGGUACCUCAUAAAAUACAAUAGCAUUUUUGUUCUAUUCUUUACUAGCAUUAUGUUAAUUCUGACUAAAAAUUUCAUGUAGAUCAUUUGUGGAAUAUAUUGUGAAUUAAAGGAAGAUAAAUAUUCCACCAAGAUCAUGUUCAAUGAAAUAAGCUUCUAUUUGCUCAGAAAGUCUCAUCUCACUCCAAAUCAUCAGUAAAAUGCAAAACCGGAAGUCUCACUAAAAUAAUUAUUUUUUCCUGUUAGGAAUAGUCUUAUUUUGUUACCAUCAGCCAAAUGGAGAAUUUAUUUGGUGCACUUCUGAAUAUAUAUUAUUACUAAAGUACAUACUCUUUUUGGCUCU